UUUGUAUAAUAUUAUUGUGUUGUCAGCAAAAAACACAACAAAAUUUAAAGCAAUUUUAAAAGAGAGGGAAAAACGUAUAAAAAUAAAUACAACAAUGACCAGUACGAACAUAAAUAAAAUUGUGCAAUCCAAUAUUAAUCUAAAGCCCUGGAUGCUGUCCAAGAAGACCAAUCAAAUAGUGAACACCUGUAUACAAAAGAUCUAUAAACAAAUGCCGGCUAGUUUUAAUAAAAGUACCAAAACUGCCAAAGUGUCUACGCCCAGAACGGAGAACAAAGGACCUUUACGUACCUAUAAAAGCCAAGAACGUAACACUACUUUGAAUACCAUAACACCCACUAAUGGUACUAUGAAGAGAUCAACUACCAAGCUGAAACAGCCAAACAAUAGUUUCGUGCAGUCUUUGAAGAACAGCAAUAAAAACAAUCAACAAAUGGCUAGUAAAUUUGCAGGAGCUAACUUAAUGCCCAACAAACGGCUUUUGAAAAGUCCCAAUUAUAAAAUCUAUAAAUCGAGACGUUUUGGUUCUAGUGCCAGUAGUUCACGUUCCAGCCUCUUUCGGCGUUAUGACGAAAGAAGGCGGCAAAGACAAAGCUUUCCAACGCCCAUUAAUUAUCUUAUCAGAUCUUUCCAUACCAGUCAGUUGGAGCCUACCUAUGCACGCUAUUUAAUGCCCGUACGUAAUCAGCAGUUGGAAGCUAAUUUAGGUUCUAUACCAGAUGCCAUUAAGAUCAGUACAAACAUACAAAAUGAUCUCAUGCAUAUUGAUGCGGCAAUGCGUUGUAAGGUAGCAAAGAAAAGUAAUUUAAAGCAAGUGGAACGUAAUCGUUUUGAUGUUUGGAAUCAUCCACCUUCGUUAAGUAGAUUUAGAAUUAAUAGUCCCAAAGAUUCACCAAUUAAAAAUGUUAGUUCCUCGUUAGAACGUAAUAUGAAAAGAACUAGACUUACUCAGGAACAUAGAGAAUUUGCACGCAUUAAUCUACAACGCAUGGCUCAAAUGAAACAUCCUAAGCCACCAAAUGAGUUAUUUACGGCACAACAUGAUCGCAAAAAAACGGAAUUACAUGAGAAACAUCGUCGUAAUCGUAUGAAGAAAUUGGGUUUGAUUGAGUCACCUUCGGCACCAGAAACGGAAAACGAAGAAGGUUUUAGUGAUAGUACAAGAGUAUUUCUUAAACCAAUUGAUCCAAAACUUAGUGAAUUGAGUGAAAGUAGUCAUAGAACAAAAAGAGGAUUAAAACAUGUUUCCAAAUCUUCUCCCACAUUAAGUAAUCAAACCGAAGUUACUCGUAGCGAAAAACUUCAAUCUACUAACCAACAAAGUCAAGAAAGUAGACUAAACACCAAAAAUGAAAAUGCCAAAACUCUAGAACCCAUUGCGAAGACUUUAAAACCUAACACAAUACCUUGUAAUAAGUUAACUAAUCUGAAUUUAGGAGCUCCUAACUCAAGUCCCCUACCCACUAUUUCUCCUAUUGCAGCUGUAAGAGCUCAAGUGCAGUAUAAAAAUAGCUAUCCUUCAUAUCGUUAUAAUCGUGCCGAUUUCUUUAGUACGAAAAAAUAUUAACAUUUAACCUUGGUCUAUGUGAUUUUUUUCCAAGCUCAAUUUUUUUAUGUAAAGAUUUUUGUUUUUUGUAUCCUUUUGAUGUUAUAGCAAUGAUUUAGGCAUAAACGUUAAAAAUCUUUUAAAUUUGUAAAGAUGUGAAAGAGUUUUUUAAUAAAUAUUAAAAGAACA